CGGCGGCGGCAGCAGCGCCAGGAGCUGUUGCAGCAGAGGCGGAGGCUGCUCCUGGACGCGUCCGGGCCGCGCAGCCGGAGCCCCAGCCCGGAGGCGCCGGGAGGUGCACCAAGUGCUGCUGCUGCUGCCCGCCCGCCGCCGCUUGGGCCCCCGCUGCCACCGGGGCCCUUGCUGUCGUCCGCGCCCCCAUCGACCCCACCCGCGUGUGCGCCCCAGCCGGGACGCCGCCCCCGACCGGGUCUCCCCUUCUUGGCCGCACCUCCCAUGACAGCACCCGCGCGAAGAUGGCUGCGAAGGGCGCGCACAGCUCCCACCUGAAGAUAGAGAGCGAGCUUGAGCGCUGCCGCGCCGAGGGCCACUGGAACCGCAUGCCCGAGCUGGUCCGGCAGAUGCAGGCUAUGGUCGUGCCCAGUGGAGGAAGCCACCGGCGAGCCAUUCCAGGCGCCUCGUUCACUUCUCUGGACACCGAUGACUUUGGAAAAUUGCUCCUGGCAGAGGCCCUCCUGGAGCAGUAUUUGAAAGAGAAUAAUGCCAAGAUAAAAGACUCCAUCCCUUUGCUGGAAAAGAAUGAGCCGAAGAUGAAUGAAGCGAGAAACUACCUGAGCAGUAUCCUCAACCAUGGGAAGCUGUCACCACAGUACAUGUGUGAGGCCAUGCUAAUCCUGGGCAAGCUGCAUUACGUGGAGGGCUCCUACCGAGAUGCCAUCAGCAUGUAUGCACGGGCCGGAAUUGAUGACCUGUCCGUGAACAAUAAGCCCCUGUAUCAGAUGCGGCUGCUGGCAGAGGCGUUUGUCAUCAAAGGCCUCUCCCUGGAACGCCUACCCAAUUCCAUCGCUUCCCGCCACCGCCUGACUGAGAGGGAGGAGGAAGUGAUCACCUGCUUCGAGAGGGCCUCCUGGAUCGCUCAGGUGUUCCUACAGGAUCUGGAGAAGAUCACAAAUAAUACCACAUCGCGGCAUCUGAAAGUCUCUCACCACGUUGACUACGAGCUCACCUACUUCCUGGAAGCUGCCCUCCAGAGCGCUUACGUGACAAACCUGAAGAAGGGGAACAUCGUGAAAGGCAUGCGAGAGCUCCGGGAGGUCCUGCGGACGGUGGAGACCAAAGCAACUCAGAACUUCAAAGUGAUGGCCGCCAAGCACCUGGCAGGGGUCCUGCUGCACUCGCUGAGCGAGGAUUGCUACUGGAGCCCCCUGUCCCACCCUCUGCCCGAGUUCAUGAGCAAAGAGGAGAAUUCCUUCAUCAUGCAAACCCUGCGGAAACCUCACUUCUACGAAGGAGACAACCUCUACUGCCCAAAGGACAACAUUGAGGAAGCCCUGCUGCUGCUCCUCAUCAGCGAGUCCAUGGCUACUCGGGACGUGGUGCUGAGCCGGACGCCGGAGCAGGAGCAGGACCGGGCGGUGAGCCUGCGGAAUGCCGCGGCCAUCUACGACCUCCUGAGCAUCACGCUGGGCAGGAGGGGCCAGUAUGUCAUGCUCUCCGAGUGCCUGGAGCGAGCCAUGAAGUUUGCAUGUGGAGAAUUUCACCUUUGGUACCAAGUGGCACUCUCCAUGGUGGCUUGUGGAAAGUCAGCCUACGCUGUGUCACUGCUACGGGAGUGUAUGAAGCUGCGGCCCUCAGACCCCACCGUGCCCCUGAUGGCCGCUAAGGUCUGCAUCAGGUCCCUGCACUGGCUGGAGGAGGCCGAGCACUUUGCCACGCUGGUGAUCAACCUCGGUGAGGAAGCCGGGGAGUUUCUCUCCAAGGGCUACCUGGCGCUGGGUCUCACCUAUAGCCUGCAGGCCACCGAUGCGACUCUGAAGAGCAAGCAGGACGAGUUGCACCGGAAAGCACUGCAGACGCUGGAGAGAGCCCAGCAGCUGGCGCCUGGCGACCCCCAGGUCAUCCUCUAUGUUUCCCUGCAGCUGGCCCUCGUCCGACAGAUCUCCAGCGCCAUGGAGCAGCUGCAGGAGGCCCUGAAGUUGUGCAGGGAUGAUGCCAACGCCCUCCACCUGCUGGCUCUCCUCUUCUCCGCACAGAAGCACUACCAGCACGCCCUGGACGUCAUCAACAUGGCCAUCACGGAGCACCCCGAAAACUUCAACCUGCUGUUCACCAAGGUAAAGCUGGAGCAGGUACUGAAAGGCCCAGAGGAAGCCCUCGUGACCUGCAGACAGAUGCUGCGACUGUGGCAGACCCUGUACAACUUCUCCCAGCUGGGAGGCCUGGAGAAGGAUGGCAGCCUCGGCGAGGGCCUCACGCUGAAGAAGCAGAGUGGCAUGCACCUGACUCUGCCUGAUGCCCACGAUGGAGACUCCGGCUCUCGGCGGGCAUCGUCCAUCGCAGCCUCCAGGCUAGAAGAGGCCAUGUCAGAGCUGACCAUGCCUAGCUCUGUUUUGAAGCAGGGGCCCAUGCAGCUGUGGACCACGCUGGAACAGAUCUGGCUCCAGGCUGCUGAACUCUUCAUGGAGCAGCAGCAUCUUAAGGAAGCAGGUUUCUGCAUCCAGGAGGCAGCGAGCCUCUUCCCCACCUCACACUCGGUACUCUACAUGCGGGGCCGUCUGGCCGAGAUGAAGGGCAGCUUGGAGGAGGCCAAGCAGCUGUACAAGGAGGCGCUCACGGUGAACCCCGACGGCGUGCGCAUCAUGCACAGCCUGGGUAUGAUGCUGAGUCGGCUGGACCGCAAGAGCCUGGCCCAGAAGGUGCUGCGGGACGCUGUGGAGAGGCAGAGCACCUGCCAUGAGGCAUGGCAGGGCCUGGGCGAGGUGCUGCAAGCCCAGGGCCAGAACGAGGCCGCUGUCGAAUGCUUCCUCACUGCCCUCGAGCUGGAGGCCAGCAGCCCAGUGCUGCCCUUCUCCAUCAUCCCCAGAGAGCUCUGACACUGCCCACAGCAGCGGGGAGGAAGGCGGUGCCCGGUGGGUGGAGCAGCUGGCAGCCGGGAACAGGGAUUUGGGGAGGUGUGGGACCUCAGGGAAAUACAUCUCUAGGGAACACUUCUGCAAGCUGCAGCCCUAGUUCUCCUCGCCUCCCCCACCCCACCCCUGUGUUCCCUCCAGAGCCCACUGAGUCUGGGAGAGGCUCAUCUGGAACUGGGUGGACCAAAUUUGCAUCAGAAGCAAAUUCCUUCUCCUUGGGACUCAGACAUUGUGGCAUUUAUGAGCAAGGAAGUAGCUGAGAGGCCACAUCAGCAUGGAGCCCCUCCCCAGUGCGUCUGUGCAUCAUCUAAAUGUGCAGUAAGAUCUGCGUAGCUUGGUUACUUCCCCUUCUAGAAACCCCUGUACUGCACCUGCCACCCUCCCUCAGCACCCCGACCCUGAUUUCUGGCUUUGCACAAGCUUCAGUCUCGAACCUCCGCUCUCUCGUCUCCAGCGCCAACGAUGAACCCUGCCUCUGGCUGGGCCAAAAGGGCUUUCCUGUGUUCUUCCUCAGCACCUCAGCAGAUAGUCUGCUUGAGCCCUAAGUGUCUUAGAGUCAUGGUGACUGGACUUGCUCCCUGGCGCCUUACAGCUGUGCCUUCACCCACCCGUGCCUCUGUGCCUCGGGGGAGCCCCACGUCCUGGGCCCAGACCCGUCCCAGGACAAGGUUUCGGGCCGUUCUCAGGUCUUUCCCAGAGCAGUCACGACUUGAAGAAUCCACCGGCAAGUGGGAAGAAGAUGGAUCCCUCUCCCAGACUUUGAGUUAGUGGGUAUUGCCCAGCAUUGCCCUUUGCCCGAUGAGGCCAGUUGGGACUAACUGUGCACCCUCUGCUGCCAAGUGCCUUUGAGGCCCCUAGUGUCUGGCCGGGGACACCGGGCACCGGCCCUAACUAACCUUCCAUUUCUGCCCACCUCCACCUUCCUGGAAAUGCCCCAGCUAAAGCAGCCUCCACAGAACCUAGGCCGCAGCCCCAGGAUGGGCCUCAGGAUACGAGCAUGGCGCUUCGCCCAGCCCGUUCUUAUUCCUUCCAUCGACACAUUGCUCCUUCAGGGCAGUGGGUACGAGGCAGAUCACUCCGGGGGUUAUGACGUGGAGAUGGGGAGUCUCCAGGACUGUCCCACAUUCAUCUCACCACCCACAGCCCAUUUCACCUCCGGCGUUCUUGGGUAACCCAAGCCCCACCCUGGCCAUUUGGUUCCCCUGCCUGGCACCGAAUGACUGGUUGGCCUGGCGCCUCCUAAAUAGUUGAGCUGGCCUCUGUAUACUUGGUACCUUUGUCAGCAGGGGUCGUGGGUGCUGGGGGUCGGUGUCUUCCCUGCGGCUCCCAGCCUGCUGUGGGGUGCUCUGGGAAUUCCCCCCAAGGAGCUGUCCCGCCCCCAACCACCACCAAAGACCUAUUAGGGAAAUUCCUUUUUUAUCUGCACUUUGGGUUUUAGUUUUAAAGCUCCAUCAGGUACAUCUCUCAUUUCAAGGUGUGUGGAAAGGUUGGGCAAGGACGGCCUGGGUCUGUCAUAGGCCAGGCUCCCUGUGGGAGACCCACGCUCCUCGCCACACCGGCUCAGCGCUGCACCCCCAGGUGCUUCCCGGGGAGAGCCUGUGCCUCCUGGCCUCCCGCCAGGUGAGCAACGCUGCAGAGAACAUUGCAUCCUUCGCCUCUUAUUUGAAGGAUCUCUAUAUGUGUAUGUGUGUAUAAAUAUAAAUUUAUAUAUAUAUGUACAGGGUCCAGCAGAAGUAACACCUGCUUGAGUGUGGUUGGUAGGGUAAUAUUAUAUGGGUGUAAUAAUUUAUAGUUUUAAUUUGAACAUUUCACCUAAAAUGUCAUAUGGUGUGCUUGAGUGUGAUAUUGUUAUGUUACAGAAUUACAUGCUUACGAUUUUGUAAUAAAAGAUUUUUUAAUGAAACAGGGGCGUUAUUUCUGCUGGGCCCUGUAUAUGAUAGAGCUCUAUUUUUCUGGAAUUCUGUGAGGGGGAAAAAAGUGAGCAAGACAAAACAGAAGCCAUUGAUUUGCCUUGGGGGACCCAAAGAUGUUGGUGGUCAGUUCUUAGGAAGGAAAGGCACCCUCCUCAGAGGAGGCCUCAGCUGUUUAGGUCAAGUUGCUGACAGUUCACAGAUUGAAU